AUGAAGACCAUCGAUCAGAGGGUGAUUGUCCUCAGUUUGGUCCUGAUCCUGAUCGCCGCUGUGCAGGUGAAGUCUGCUCCGGUGGCUGAGGAGUGGGCCACGGGCCUGAUCCACCGGGCCAAGCGCUCUCUGCUGUGGCGCUGGAACAUGCUCAAGCCUAUGGGGGCCAGCUGCAGGGAGCACUCGGAGUGCGGCACACAGUACUGCAGGAAACACACCUGUACAUUUCGCAGCUAUUCCUCUUGAAUAUAUGGAUUCCACUACUACCUGGACAGAACAAUUUCAUGAACUUUGAACCACAAAACACACUGAGGUUUUUAAGUUUGCCGGUCACU